UUACUAUAGAAAAAUUAAAUUAAAUUAAAACAAAUUCCAUACCCCACAGCUUUCCUAUGAGCGUAAUGACCGCAUACAACCAACGUCUGCAGUCACAAAAUCUCGUGCAUAUGCUGCAAAAUCGUGAAUCGUGUUACACUAGAAUUGGAAGCAAAAUAAAUCAAAGCCCGAACCUUUCCUAUGAGCGAGGAUUCUACAAAUGCAUCACGCCCUGUCUUACAAUAGACUCUGUGGCAAUUCCACCUGUUUAUCUACGAAAAUUUACACCUGACGGGAGCAAGCUCUUAGCCUUUUCGCUCGAUCAGAGAAGCUUGCACGUUUACAAAUACAAAGGCUUCGGCGCAACAGGCGUGGGAGAGCUAAUUCGCGAAACGGAUGUCGGAGAAGUCGAGUGCUACAUGGGCGGGAACAGGGUACCAGGGAACACACUGAAAAACACUAUAUUUGAUAGACUAUUCGCAACCAAUGAUGUUCGCAUUCUGCGUUUGUGUCAGGGCGACUAUUGGCGCUUCUAUCUGCACCGUGAAUUUAGUGUUUUCCUGGAAAACGGACGAUAUGUUUUUCUUGCGGCAAUGUCCAUCCUGCAUGGUGCGCUAGCCACAGCAGAUUAUGUUAGCUAUCCAGAUCUCUUUGACAAACUAGAUGCAUUCUCGUACAUAUUUUUUGUUGUGGAUUUGGAACUGGGCGUAGUCACUGAUACACUCUUCCUGCCGCAAGAUUCAAUUGUUAUUGCACAUAAUCAUGGCAUUUCGGUGCACGAAUCUUCGAUAGCCAUCAUGUCGAAGCUAUAUCAGUGUAUAUAUAUCUAUGAGCUGGUCGAUGGCCGCCUGGUCAAACGAGAGACAAUUGGUCCUCGGCCAAGGGGCUUCAUUGACGAAGGUCCCUUAGAUAUGGGUGUUUUGGAUGCCAAUACAAUUUUGCCAAUUACACACAUAAAGCAACGUGUACUGAGCUUUUUAUAUCGAAAAAUUGACUCAACGAGUUCAAGAUCAAGCAAGAAAUAUCAGGAUUUCUACAAGAACUUCGACUUUUUGGAGCAUAUGAUAAUGGAAAAGAUGCAAUUGGUUAACAGGGACCUGAUCUUGUUGCGUUUUGAAGAGCGACCAAAAGACAACGAAACUACGCCGCUGUUGCCGUUGGGCGAGAUCCACACACCUCGCCGUUUUUAUGUUUUCUACACAGUACUUGACGAGCAAGUUGUGGGAGUGUAUCAGGACGAUUCUGUGGAGCUUCUACAAAUUAUCCUGCAAUUCUAUGACCAAAUGCGUAACGUGCGUUCGCAGCAUACUGGAGAUGCACCUUCAUUGCCACCGCAAUUUUUCCUUAAGCAGAAUUUUGUAGAUGCCAACAAAACGAUUCCAUUUAUGCGACAAGCGGCGUUGAGAUUUAAUCCAAGCGUACCUGUUAGUACUCAGAGCUUUUCACCAACACCUUAUCUGAAAUACAAUGAAUUCAGCUACGAUGAUAGGCUCAUCUCCCCGCUGGAGCGUCCAAAGCCGUGCUCUGCUGAUCCCAUUGUUUUCCGGGAUCGCACCACAAAGCUGGUCAAGUUCCGAUUGAGCGCCAAGGCGCGAACGCCAAACAAUCCGCUGGCACCGCGUGAACUGUGUGCCUUUAUAUGCCAUCCCUUUGAACCACUUAUAUUAAGCAUACAAAAGUAUCUACACAUAUACGCAUACAACAUACACCUUUACAAUCAAAGUACGGUUGUUCGAAACGAGAGUGCCUGAUGAAACGGAAUGUAAAAGUGAUUUUUCCUACUUAUGCAAUAAUGUGAAUACACCUCUGGACAAAAAUUGUAUCUUAAGAACGGCUGUGCAGUUGUGAUUCCGAAAUAUACAUACAUUUGUAUGCAGAUUCAAAGAAA